AUGGCCAAACAAGAGAUGUCGAUGACUUCUCGCACAGGCAACGGCAAUCAGCGCUAUGGGUCAAAAGGCGAGCGCCUGGUCGCCGGCAUGGUGCCCUUGUCGAGCGACAAAACUCGAGUUCUUCUGAUCCAGUCCUCCCGCCGCAACGGCUGGGUUCUCCCGAAAGGCGGCUGGGAACUAGACGAGGCAUCCGCAGCAGUGGCCGCUGUUCGAGAAGCCUGGGAAGAAGCUGGAAUCAUCUGCAAGGUCGACAAGGACCUCGGCCACAUCGCCGACACACGGCCUACUAGUGCCGUCACCAAGAAUGCCCCUAAAGCCAGCUACCAUUUCUUCGAGGCGACAGUGACCGAGGAGAAGGACAAUUGGCCAGAGAAAAGCAAGAGAUCCCGGCAGUGGUACAGCCAUGCACAAGCGAUUCAGCUUUUGAACGGACGACCCGAGCUGCUGGAGGCAUUGAAGAGAAGCUCCCUCAAGAAAUGA